UUGUGGUCCUUAUAGUCAAAUUUUCAAAGAGUUCCAUUCAAGGUCUUCAAUUUGGAGUAUUUGCUCUUCUGGGUGUUUAUAAACUGGUUAAGUUUAUGGUUUAUGUCAGUGGAGGUGGCAGGAGGAAUUCUGAUUGAGCUUAUGUUUUAACUUUUGUUAUUGAGUUUUGAUUUUGAAGGGAAGAUCAGAUACAUAGGAUUCUUUUUGGGAUUUUGUUUUCUUAGUGCAGCAAAAUGGGUUGCAUUUCCUCUAAGGAUAGUAGAACAAACAGCCCAAAAGAGAGGCAAUCGCGUAAAGGGUCAUUGGAUAGGCGUGUUGCUCAUGUUAAUUCAUCGAGAAGAGAUGAUGGGAUGCGAUCAAAGUCUAAAUCAGAUAGCGGAGAAGUGAAGGUUAUGCUAAUUGAUAAGAAAACAAAUGGUUCAAAUGUUUUAUAUGAUGAUCAGAUAGAGAAAAAGCAAAUAGAGAAUCAGAUCGAGAGAAAGAAUGUAGAGAAUUGUGAAGUUGCUGUUAUAAGUCAUCCUCAGAUUGAAAUAAAUAAGACAGAGAAGCGUGACGUUUCAGUUUGUAGUCAUCCGGGUUGGGGAAGGGUGCCAAAGAGUUUGGAAGCAGAGCAGAUUGCUGUAGGAUGGCCAUCUUGGCUUGCCUCAGCAGCAGGAGAAGCCAUCAGGGGAUGGGUGCCCCGGCGUGCGAAUACAUUUGAGAAAUUAGAUAGAAUUGGCCAAGGAACUUACAGCAAUGUUUACAAGGCCCGUGAUGUCACUAAUGAUAAAAUUGUAGCUAUAAAAAAGGUUCGGUUUGAUAAUAGUGAUCCAGAUAGUGUCAAAUUCAUGGCCCGUGAAAUUCAUAUUUUGCGUAGGCUGGAUCAUCCCAAUAUAAUUAAAUUGGAAGGCUUGAUAACAUCUCAGACAUCUUCCAGUUUGUACCUGGUCUUCGAGUACAUAGAACAUGAUCUUACUGGACUUGCAUCGCUUCCUGGCAUUAAGUUCACAGAACCACAGAUCAAAUGCUACAUGCAGCAACUAUUAAGUGGACUUGAUCAUUGCCAUAGUCACGGCGUUCUGCAUCGUGAUAUUAAGGGUUCAAAUCUUCUUAUUGAUGACAAAGGAAUCUUGAAAAUUGCGGAUUUUGGUUUAGCAAGUUUCUUUGAUCCUAAAAGUAGUGCUCAGUUGACAAGCCGUGUGGUGACCCUUUGGUAUAGAGCUCCAGAACUUUUACUUGGAGCCACUCGCUAUGGAGUUGCUAUAGAUUUAUGGAGCACUGGUUGCAUUCUUGGCGAACUGUACGAUGGCAAACCUAUUUUGCCUGGAAGAACUGAGGUGGAGCAACUGCAUAAGAUUUUUAAGCUCUGUGGUUCACCCUCUGAGGAUUAUUGGAGAAAUUUGAAGUUACCUCAUUCAUCUGUAAUCAAGCCUCAACGACCAUACAGACGAUGUGUUGCAGAAACAUUUAAAGACUUACCCACUCCUGCACUUGGACUCAUGGAGACCUUGCUUUCCAUGGAUCCAGCCAACCGUGGAACUGCAGCUUUUGCUCUUAGGGACAAGUUCUUCAGAUCAAAACCAUUUGCUUGCGAUCCUUCAAGUUUGCCCAAAUAUCCUCCCAGCAAAGAAAUUGAUGCUAAAUUGCGGGAUGAAGCUAGAAGGCAAGGAGCAAUUGGACUCAAGGGGAAUGGACCACAUGAAUCUAGUGCUGCUCUAGCAUCAAAUGCGAAUCCCAGAAUAGCAACAUUGAUGCAGGAAAGACGACAUCCAAAUGCAAAUAGCAGAGGUGAAGUAUUCAACUCUCACAAGGGGCAAACUGUUUCUGGUUUUCUGGUUGAUCCUUCUAAACAAACUCAAGCUGCAAAAGAAGGGAGAAGAGAUUUCCCAGAGAAUCAACAUAAGAAAGUUUCGCACUCUGGCCCAUUGGUCCAGGGGACAGGCUGGACAAAGGCCGGAAAGGAUGGUAACAAUCCUAGUACUGUGUUGUCAACCAGAACCAAACGGCAGAAGCUAGAAGGAGGAAGAACAUUCGUUUCAACAGAGGUGUCCCAUCAGAAUAAUCACUGGAAGCCUCAUCUUACUGAACCUAAAACUCCUCUUCUUCACACUACUUUGAGAGCCCGACCUCCAAAGGUGAAAAGUUCUCUUGAGCUUGAAAAAGAGGAACUUGAAAAGAUCCCUAAAUUUAAGGCCAGGCCUUUGAAUAAGAAGCUUUCAUUAAACUCGGAACCUCACAUUGCCAAUCCAGUUCCAAGAAACACACUACCAAAUCCAUUCCAUCUCCACACUGAGGAAAGGGGGGCUAAAAAGGAUAGGAAAUUUGUACUGGACCUUAUCCUGAAGCGGGUGGAGGAGGAAAGGGCCAGGAUUCCAAAGGCUAAUCCAUAUCCUUACACUACCGACUACCGCGUGGUUCCUCCUAAACCAGAGCCAAAACCAUGCACAAAACCAGAACCUUUCCAGUUGGAGAGUCUAGUGAGACACGAGGAGGAAAUGCAAAGGGAAGUGGAAGAAAGACAGAGGCUUGAGAAAGAAGAGGCCAAUAUGAGGAUAUUCAAAGCACAGCCAGUCAUAAAAGAGGACCCAAUUCCACUACCAGAGAAAGUGCGGAAACCCGUUACACAAGUUGACCAAUUUAGUCUCCAUACAGAUAACAGGGCUGUGGAUAGGGCAAAAUUUCAUCACAAGUUGAAGGUGAAAGAACAAUUAUACAAGAGAUACAGGGAGGAAAGUGAAGCUGCAAGAAUGAUAGAGGAAGAGAAGGCACUAAAACAAUUAAGGAGAACAAUGGUUCCUCAUGCAAGGCCUGUGCCAAGCUUUGACCAUCCAUUCUGCCCCAAGAAAUCUUCCAGGGAAACCACAAAAGCAAAGUCACCAAAUUUGCGGGUGCUUCGAAGAAAAGAAAGGCAGAGGAUGAUGAUAAAUAAUGCAGUUUCCAGCCCCGCUUCAUGUAUGAGGUGAUCCUGCUGCUGUUGAUGGACAGGCUGCUGUCCAAGAACUCUUGAACCUUCUUCAAGAACUGUUGUGCUGCUACAACAGUUUUGCAGCGAAUGUUAUUGGAAUAUAAAAGUUGUAGGCUCAACUUUCUGUUCAUUAAUGAAGAAAAUUCUUGGUCAAUUUAUUCCUCAAA